CCUAAGAACUCUGACAAAAAUCCCAUUACAGCUUAGCUUCCCCGGAAACUCUGCUUCUAAUCUCGGUUUCAUUUCUUCUUCACGGUGCUAAAGAGGCAAUGGGGAGAGGAAAGUUUAAGGGAAAGCCCACUGGCCGCCGCCACUUCUCCACCCCAGAGGAGAUUAUGGCAGGUACCCCUGCAUCUCGCCCGCGCACAUUUAGACAGGAAGAAGCUGAAGUAGAGAAAGAUGAGAGAUUUGGUAACGAGUCCAGUGAGGAGUCUGAAGGGUCUGAAAAAGAACAAAGGCGCAGCCUGAUUGAGAUUCAGAAUCCAAAUCUAGUCAAGCCUAAGAAUCUGAAAGCCAAGAAUGCUGAUACUGAGAAAACAACUGAACUUUCAAGGCGUGAAAGGGAAGAGAUAGCGAAGCAGAAAGCUCAUGAGCGCUACAUGAGGCUCCAAGAACAAGGCAAAACAGAACAAUCAAGGAAAGAUUUAGAACGAUUGGCCCAGAUAAGGCAACAGAGAACUGAAGCUGCCAAAAAAAGGGAAGAAGAGAAAGCUGCCAGAGAACGAAAGAAGUUGGAAGCUCAGAAAUGAGUAUUAAUGGAUUCCCCAAGCCACCAGGAACCAACUGAGCUAUCCGUGUUCGUCAUUACUGGUCAUAUGUUAGACAUAAAUUAAGUACUAAAUACUGGACAUUUAUAUGUUUGGUACUUGUAUUGUCACAAUAAAAAUAAUGUUUCAUUGUACAUUUUACAUUCUGCA